AUGGUAAUCAGUGGGGAUGCAGGAAUGGGCAAAUCAGUGAUAUCCGCUGUCGUUUGUCAAAGAAUUCGACAUGCUGGUCGGCUGACGGGAAGUCAUUUUUGUCAGCACAACAAGGCGCGUCACAGAAAUCCUAAGAUAAUGCUUCAAUCGUUAGCUUAUCAGCUGAGUGAGUUUUUGCCUCCGUAUAAAAGAGAACUUGUAAAAGCACUGUCAAGAAAUUUGGGUGAAGAUAUCAACAACCUAGAGGUUGGAGAGCUCUUUGAAUUGCUGUUCGAGGAGCCUUUAAUAAAUGUGGAUGAACCGGGAAGAAGCUUGCUCAUGGUGAUUGAUGGCCUGGAUGAAAGUGAAUACAAAGGACGCAAUGAGCUGCUUGAUGUCAUGGCUAAUCAGUUUAGUACACUUCCUGGUUGGGUUCGAUUUUGUGUUACAACUCGCCCGGAAAUAAAUAUCGCAGACCGUCUUAAAAAGUUCAACCCUGUUCUCCUGGAGCAAGAUGAUGAAGAAAAUGUAGAAGACAUCAGACUCUUUCUUGAAAGACAGCUGUGCAGCGUUAUUCAAUCGGGCUGUAAAGAGGUCGUUAUCGAUGCACUGGUCCGAAAGGCUGCAGGGCAUUUUUUAUAUGCUUAUUUGAUGGUCGAUUUUAUCAAGAAAAACAAUUUACUUCUUACCCCCGAUAAGGAGUUAGGAAGAAUCUUACCUUCAGGUGUAUCGUCUGUUUAUCAGUCCUACUUUGAACGUUUAGAGAACGAAUUGAAAAUUGGUGAGGACCAGUUUUUGACUUUUCUAAGCGCUCUGGCGGCUGCAAGAGAACCGCUUCCUCAAGACUUUGUUUCUAACAUGUUGAUUUCGGACUCGAAGUCCCCAUCCGGUCAUCGGAAAGUAAGAAAGGCUAUCGACUCUAUCUCAACCCUUCUACCUGUUCAUGAUGACUGCAUUGUGUUCUUCCACAAGUCAGUUAAGGACUGGUUGACUGACAGAACUGCCUAUGGGCGACACGACUUCUCUGUGGAUGAAAAGCAAGGUCAUGUCAUGCUUUCUCAGCUCUGUACUGAUGAACUGAGUAACGUAAAAAGAAAAGGCGUUCACGGUACAGAAUUCGGUGACAUUGCGAGGUACGCCCUACAGCAUGGUGUUUGUCAUAUGGUUGAGUCGGAAAAGCUGGAAGAAGGUACCAGAAGCUUUGAAGAAAUCGUUAACAACUAUGUUACCGACUUAGACAUUGUGUAUGCAAAGCUUUGUGUAAACGACACGGCUAGUUCUGAGGACAUUAUCCUCUGUCAGAAACAAGAAGCCUUUCAGUUAUUGAACAGUGAGAGCCAAGACGCUCUUCGCACGUUGUUAUUUCUAUUAAGAAAGUACCACGAAAGACUUUCGACGAAUCCUACUGUUUUUUUGCAAGUGAUGGUGAACGAGGGAGGAGACGUUUUUGCUGGUAAAGCAACAGAACUUUUACAGAACAGAUAUCAUGAAAUACCUUACAUGGAGUACGUUCACAAGGGGGCCGAUGAGAAGCAGAUGGGGAUCCAAGUUCCGUUUCCCUGCUCCUCUCAGGUGGCCUGCUUUGAUAUCUCCCCUCAACAGGAGUUCAUGGUGUGUGAAUGUAGGGAUGGGACGAUUCAGCUAUGGUCACUAGAAACAGGGAACCAAAAGUGGAAAUGUCCAGUCAUAGUAGAAAAACUUUACUUUGAUGGUCAUGGCGCAUUUAGAGAGGUGCUAAACUCACCCGUUUUGUCGUGCUAUCGCUCUGUUGUUUUUCACCCUACUAAACCUAUUGUUCUUCCUGGAGUCCUUAGCCAUGCCUACUCAUUUGACGGAGAUUUCUUACCACUGUUCUCUAAGAGUAACUGCAGAUUUUCGGUGUGUUCAGUUAAUGCGGAUAGCAUGAUUACCGAUUGCCCUAAAGAUGCAAAAUGCUUAGUCAUGUGGAGUCUAGAAACCGGUGAUGAGAUCACUCGGAGCAACAGAGGUGAGGCUGUUUUGUCUUUUGCCUGGUCUCCAGAUCGAAAGCUACUGGCAAUUUCUCAUCUUUCGGGAUUAGUUUGUUUGGUUGAUGCGUUGAACUGCUUUGAGACACUUGCAGAGGUCACCACUUUUUUACCAUGUGGAAUGAUCAAGUUUGCCCCUAACCUCAAAUUCCUGUUUUGUUGGUGUAAACCAGUAAAGUCUAUGUGGGAGAGAUACCCAAAAGGCAUUCGCUUAGACAUUAUGAAAUUAACUUGUGGCACAUUUUCCUUUAACGUUGCUAACGAUAACGUUGACUAUGAACCUUGGGAUUAUGAAUCAUCCAGCAAAGCUGGAUUUUUGAUGGGAGAUCCUGUGUCAUGUUUGUUCAGGCGUUUCCAGGACAUUUUGGGACCGUACUGGACUCUUGUAGAGGGGGCGUUUGCGUUUGUCUUAAGCAAACAAAGUGUGUUGAGGGUAUUCCCAGGAAACAACCGCAUUGCCAUGUUCAAUCCUGGUGAAAUGAAAAUUGCAACAACCACGUCCUAUAGAAGACUCCGUCAUGUUGCUUUUGCUGUAGAUGGGAAGUCCGUUUAUGGUGUCACUGUAGACAAGGAAGCAGCAGUGGUAUCUUUUGAUGUAUUAAGCGGAAAACUGAAAUCAAAGAUGCAGAUUAGUACUUGUCGUGAUCUCCAUUAUCCUAAACCGCCUUUUAGGGCCGUAAACGUUUCUGACAAUGGUAUUUGUCUUGUACCAGUGACCGAUGGUGUCCUUGUGAAACAACGUUAUCGUAGGACUGCGCUUCAGCUAUGGAAUUUUGAGUUGUCUCAACAAGUCCAAAGUUGGCCCAGGUUGAGUGAGGUUACGUAUAUGAUGCCAGUUACAGACCAAUGUGUAGCAUGUGUGGGGAAAGAAUUUGAAGUGAGCAUCCUGGACACAUCAAGUGGAGAAAUAGUGAAGACCAUCUCACUUUGUCAUGAGGGAUACCAGUCAACAUAUCCAUUGUUGGAUAAAGAAGCCAUAGUAUGUAACAGUAAAUAUCAGCUGUUAUCCACCGAUAGGCACUCCGUCCAACUGUCUGAUAGCACAAGUAUACUAUGGAAAAGAGUUUUUGAAGAUUCCGAGCUGUUGUACUCCUGGAAUAUACCCGGAAUAUUUUCUCCAGCGGAAGAGUUUGUCCUAAUCUCGGCAAAAACCUCUCAAAAUUGGCAAGAUGUGCACGUGCUUGAUGCGUCUUCAGGAGCCACUCUCCGUAUACUAUGCACAGUCGAUGACGUUAUGAGCUAUGCGUUUGUAAGUGACACGGAAUGCGUAAUUCAUUGCGGGAAUCACCGAAUUUCAGAAAGCUUAAGUCUUCAGUUGUUUAGUGUCAAGACUGGGGAUUUGCUAAGUGUGCUUGACAUGGAUUACCGGCCUUUGUGGUUGGCUUCCUUUCCGAAAAAGGGUUUGAUCGCCAUUGGUCUUUGGCAGUCCAAACGUAUAUGCGCAUUUAUUAAAGUAAGAAUGCCGCGAGACAAAGACAACCGAGAGUCAAAAGGUAAGCAA